AUGUUUUAUUUUAUUAUUUUCACAUUAUUAAUUAACACCUUAGCUAUAAUUACUUUGACAUUAGAUCAGCAAUAUUAAGAGAGUAAUGCAUUUUUUAAAUUGACACAAUCUCAAUAUUAAGUAAUUUAGAGUAUUCGAAAUGCAACUUUCUUUUUCUAGCCAACCUAAAUAGAUUAAGAUAAAUAUAUUUCAGUUGAGUAAGAAGUCUUGUUUUUAUAAAUAGAUUAAUCUUUGGGUAUCCUUAAGAUGGAAAUGUCAAUGUGGAGUUUUCAAUUACAAAAAACAAGGAUGAUAAUACUAGUUCUCUAAAUAAUGUAUUUUAUGAUAUGAAUGGAAAAUACUUGUAAAAGGCAUAUUAAAUGAUUUUAAUAAAUCCAUAUACUUUUAGUAAAAAUGAUCAAUUCUAUAUUGAUGUCAAUAUAAGAGAUACUAACUUUACAGAUUAUUAAUAUUUAAUAAAAAUAACUAGAACUUAGAAUAAGAUAUGCCCAAAUUUUUGUGGAAAUUAAUAAUCAGGAUCAUGUAAUACAAAGAUUGGAAUUUGUGCUUGCUCUUCUGAAUUUGCAGAUUUAGAUUGUUCUAAAUAAGCAAAAAGUUUAUUAUUGUAACAGCCCCUUAAGAACUUAACUAUACAUAAGCAAGAAUAUUUCUAUUUUGAAAGAGAUUAAUCAAUUUCUAAUAUAACUUUAAGUUUGGAUUUAAUGAAUCCUUUAUAAAAAAAUUCUGAUACACAAGUGUUUAUAAUGUAUGAAAACUUUGAAAUAGGGUUACCAAAUGAAAAUUUUUUUGAUUAUUCCAUUUCUUUGUUCAAUUCAACUUCCCAAUCUUAAGAAAUAGAUUUGAACACUUUAAUUUAUGACUUAAAUAUUGAAAGAUUUUAAAGGUUAUUGAUUACUGUUAAAACAAAAUCAUCAGACCUCAUAUAACUUUCAAUAAACAUUUCUAACGUAGAUGAUAAUUUUUCAAUUGAUUCAAGUUUAUUAAUUGUAUAUGUUCUGGUUUCAAUAGCAAUUAUAUUGAUAUUGGCUUGGAUUAUAAUUAUAAUAAUAAGAUAUAAAAGAAGUUCAAGAAUUCAUUAAAUAUCAAAUUCUAUCUUAAAUCCUCAAAAUGAUAAUAACAGAAGUAAUUAUUUUACUAAAAAUAAGAAACUUUUUGAUGAAUAUAUGCCAAAAUUGUUAUAUUUAUAAAUAUUAGAAAUCCCUUAAUUUUUAGAAUCAGAAGUUUAAGAGACUUGUUCUGUUUGCUUACUUGAAUAUUAGAAGGAUGCUAUUUGUAGAUUUACUCCAUGCAAUCAUAUUUUUCAUUCUGAUUGCCUAGAAUAAUGGAUAAUGAAAAAUGAGAACUGUCCUUUAUGUAGAUGUGCUUUAGAUUUAAAGACAUUACUUGAAUUAAAGAGUUAGAAUGCUAAUAUUGAUAAUAAUUCAUAAUAAUAGAAGAAAAAAUAAAAAAAAUAUGUUGUAAUUCAAAGUCAAUUAUUCUCGAAUGCUCAAACUGAAUUGAGAAUGAUUGCUCCUAAUUCUAUGGUUAAUCAAUGA